AUGCCUCCCUCGCCUGACCUUCUCAGUGCAACCUCGCGUCACUCCACCGCCACCACUUGUUCCUCUAGUCUGAGCUCAGCUGCGUUCCUCGGCGUCUUGGCAACCACCCACUUUGACCCGUACAGCAUGCCCAAGAGCACAUCCAGCAGCCAGGACUCGCACCCUUCCAUCCCUGACUCGCUUCCUUCCCUCGACGGCCACGACUCGCUCGCUUCCUCAGCCUCCUCCCACUCCUUGCACUGGCACAACCCUCCAGAUUCUCGCUCCACCGCGCUUGCUGCGGAGCCGUCGCACUCGAAGAUCAUGGACUCCUCCGUCUCCAUAUCCAACACACCAGGCCCGCAGCGUUCCACAACCAUCAAGGCGCCCAACAAGCCUGCAUACUCGGCCUCGACUCGCACAGCAGCCUUCGCCUCCACCAUGGCCCCGCUUCACACCAUGCUCGACCCCAACACCUCGGCCGCUUCCGAUCGCGUCAUCGCUUCCUCGGCCUCGCCGCCCGUCCUCCACUCGCUCGUCUUUGCCGAUCGCAAGCCCGAGUCAUCCUCCUCCGCCAAGUCGCUGGCGCCGUCGGGCGUCGCUCGCGAUACGUACCUCGCGCUUGACGAGGCGGCGCCACGCCUCUCCAUGUCUUCCACCGGCAGCGGCUCCACGUGCGAGCUCGCCACUCCGGAAAACCUCCACCAGUCUUGGCCAUACGACGACGUGGAAGGAUCCGCACUCGCAGCGUUGCGUGCAUCCGCAUCAACGGACCCAUCGCAGACCGCAAAGGCUGUGACCGAGCAGCUUCGAGCCAUCGAUCUGCAUGCCACCAGCCCUACCGACGAGACGCCGCCAGCCACCGGUCAAUCCAACGUGUCAGGUCUGGCUCCCCAGCGCCCUGCAAGGCUCCAACGUCUCUCAUCGGUCGCCACCAACGCAACCGCCACCAACUCGACGCAUUCCGACGAGUCGCCGCAGACUGCCACCCAGUCUCCACGCAACCCUGACGCGCACGACCUCGCCUCCUUCCACGUGCCCUCAGCAGCCGACACCUCGGCAUACGGCCUCGACAGGACGAGCCGCGCUGCGUCGUCGUCGUCAUUGUCGUCGCCCAGCUUGGACAUCGACAUCCCCAGCCGUGCCAGCAUGACGAGCCCCGACUCGUGGCGCUCGCUCCUGCCCGAGCACGACCCCUACUUUGCCUCGGAGGGCCAGCUGCGUGCCUCGCAUCCCCAACGAUCUGCAUCGCCACAGAGUCUGCGCCCCUUCUCGGCCACCGCAGACCCAGAUCCGUACGUGAUGGCCAAGACGUCGCCGCGCGCUCCCGUGUACGAUCGCAUGUCCAAUUCAUCGCUCGACACCACGCGCACCUCGUUCAGCAGCGCCAUCAGCGGCUACUCGACCAUGUCGAUGGCCGGCGCGAGCAAGCCCUCGCUACAGUCGCAAGACUCGGCUCGAUCCGACAGCUGGCGCAGCCUGCUCCCGGACGACGAUCGCUACCACACCUCGCGCGACGCAGCCGGAGCCCAUCGCGGCGGCUUGGACGCAUCGCCCAACCUCGCAUCGCCUUCGCUCUCGGAUCAUCUCGAUUCGCCAGUGUCGUUCGACGGGCACAACCAUCGAUCCGCAUUCUUUGCCCUCGACACGCGUCCCGGCAGCGCAUCCGUGCCAGGCGACGUCGAUUCCGCCACGCGCCGUCACGCCAGUUUCUCCCAAGUGGAGCCCAACAACUCGCAGCAGUAUGCCGCCACUCGUGUCAUGCUGGCGGCCAUGCAGAAUACCGCGUCGCGACCUCGCACACAAGCAUCGAGCUCGUCCGAGAAGCUUCCCGCUGUGCGUGCCAGCAGCCUGCUCCCGCCACGAGGCGGCGAUACGAUGGAAGCGCCUAGCAUGACGCCAGCGCUGUCUAGCUCCAACACCGACGAUACGAGCGAGCGCGACAGCUGGCCCACCAGCCGCAGCAGCGGCGGCCGCGAUGGCUUGGCAAGGGCCUCGCCCGUCUCUUCGGGCCCCCUCACCCCCGAGGCGGGCGAUGCUCUUCAGCAGCCGUCUUCGCUCGCGGCCGUGCUCAGCCAGGAGGCGGGGGGCGUGGCGCACGUCGACAGCCCUGCGCACGUCACCGAAACCUCCGAGAGCUUUGUGCGUGCCACGCAGGAUGGACUGCUGGCAACUACCACGACCACUACCACCAAGACCACCAUGACCACCACCACACAGUUCUUGGCCGACUCGCAGCCAGCCGGCAAGGCACGCUCCGAGGCGGGCGGCCCCGACUACGCCGCACCCGGCUACACCGAGCACUUGGCCGACGCCGGCGACGACGACAACGUCGACGGUUCCCCGCACCUGCAGAGCCAGCCGAUGAAGGCGCGCACAUCGUCGUGCAGCGUCUCGACGCCCAUCAGCCCGCCGUCGCUGCCAUUCCUGGAGCGCCGGCCUGCACCGCCCGAGACGGAUCUGGUGAUCGAGACGGAGCGCAGCCGAUACACGCUCGUCACGCGAUUGCCCGGCUUCUCGCUUGACUGCAUCACGCUCGCCACCAAGCAGCACAAGCACCAUCGCACGCUGCAUAUCGUCGCGGACAAGUGGGACACCGAGGGCGGCGGCCACUUUGAGCGCCGCAUCACCUUCCCCGACCGCGAGUGCGACCUCAAGAACGUCAAGGCCGAAUUCGACGGCACGACGCUCCGCGUGUAUGUGCCGCGCAAGUCGGCUGUGAACCGAUUCAGUUCGGCGAGCAGCGCCACGUUCUAG